GUAAUCACGCAGAGACGGCUAGUUAAUGGAGUUAAAUGGUCUGGCGAAACGAGGCCGUAACAAAUUUAAAGCGAAUUUUCUUUUUAAGUAGCUCAAGGGCCGCAGACUAAUGUUAUUUGUUGGCCAUGAGCGACAGGGAGUAGGUUUUAGUUUAAAUUCCUGGCCCUUUUGCUGAUGACGCGCCGUGUAAACACGUAGGCCUGGUGCGUCGCUGCUAAGCUAACUGAUGCUAACGUUUUAACGUCAACUGCAACAAAUGAUCAGGAUUAUUUUAAUGUCUCACUCGUAACGUCGUUAAUUUCUGCCCACCAAGAAGACCCAGUGAAAGUCGGUAUUUCCUCCCCACAACCAUGGCGGAACAGAACGCGGUGGUCGCGCAGCAGGGUUUGGACCGGAGCUGCUGGGUGUGCUUUGCGACGGACGAGGACGAUCGCACGGCGGAGUGGGUGCGGCCGUGUCGGUGCCGCGGCUCAACCAAGUGGGUCCACCAGGCGUGCCUGCAGCGCUGGGUGGACGAGAAGCAGCGGGGCAACAGCACGGCGCGAGUGGCCUGCCCACAAUGCAAUGCAGAGUACCUCAUCGUGUUCCCCAAACUAGGUCCGGUGGUUUAUGUUCUGGACCUGGCAGACCGGCUCAUCUCAAAGGCCGGCCCCUUCGCUGCGGCGGGGAUCAUGGUGGGCUCCAUCUACUGGACUGCCGUCACCUACGGAGCGGUCACAGUGAUGCAGGUGGUGGGCCAUAAGGAGGGCCUGGACGUCAUGGAGCGGGCCGACCCCCUGUUCCUGCUCAUCGGGCUGCCCACCAUCCCCGUCAUGCUGAUCCUGGGGAAGAUGAUCCGCUGGGAGGACUACGUGCUGCGUCUGUGGAGGAAGUACUCCAACAAGCUGCAGAUCCUCAACAGCAUCUUCCCAGGUUUUGUUCACACACAGAGACUGAAACCCGACCAGUCGGGCUUCCUGCUGCUGACCUCUGACCCUCUGACCGCAGGGAUCGGCUGCCCCGUGCCUCGGAUCCCCGCAGAGGCCAGCCCCAUGGCUGACCACGUGUCGGCGACACGGAUCCUGUGCGGCGCUCUGGUGUUUCCCACCAUCGCCACCAUCGUGGGGAAGCUGAUGUUCAGCAGCGUCAACUCCAACCUGCAGAGGACCAUCCUGGGCGGCAUCGCCUUCGUGGCGAUCAAAGGAGCGUUCAAGGUUUACUUCAAACAGCAGCAGUACCUGAGGCAGGCCCACCGCAAGAUCCUCAACUUCCCCGAGCCGGAGGAGGCCUGAGAGGGGCGGGGGGCUGCUGCUCCUCAUCACGUGUGACUGCAGAGACUCAUGGCGCCCCCCAUCAAUAAAUAAUGAAACCCCAACCAACAAAUACAACCCGGGCAUGUGUAAUCUAAGAGUUUUAUAAAAUAUUGUUUAAUGUUGUGCCCACAUUACGGCUUCUGUCAUGGAUUUAUUCAGUGAACGUUUUUCAGAGGAGACGAUAAAAGUUGUGAAUCAUGAUGCAGCAAAUUCACUGAAACCCGAAUCAUGAUGCAGCAAAUUCACUGAAACCCGAAUCAUGAUGCAGCAAAUUCAAUGAAACCUGAAUCAUGAUGCAGCAAAUUCACUGAAACCUGAAUCAUGAUGCAGCAAAUUCACUGAAACCUGAAUCAUGAUGCAGCAAAUUCAAAGAAACCUGAAUCAUGAUGCAGCAAAUUCACUGAAACUUGAAUCAUGAUGCAGCAAAUUUACUGAAACCUGAAUCAUGAUGCAGCAAACUCACAGAAACCUGAAUCAUGAUGCAGCAAAUUCAAAGAAACCUGAAUCAUGAUGCAGCAAAUUCACUGAAACCUGAAUCAUGAUGCAGCAAACUCACAGAAACCUGAAUCAUGAUGCAGCAAACUCACUGAAACCUGGCAACGUUUCACCAUCUUAUUGUUCCAGCUAAAGGAUGAGAGUAAAACUUAACUGGGAUGGAUCAAAACAAACGGGACACUUUGAAGUUUGAUGCAACUUUUAUGGAAACGCGAGAAAUAAAUAUCUUACCUGUUGUAGAUAACUUGCAUAGGUCUGACCAAAGUGCAUCGCAACUACAUUAAAACGACUUGAGACUUAAUUUUUUUAAAUAAAAGUCUGCCUAAAUAAAACUUUCUGCUGAAACGUUAAAAUGAAACGGACGUUCGUGUGAAGGCGUAAACCAAUAUAAAAAUGUAAAAGUCUUAAAGAAACAAUCCACUUUGGUCUUGGUUGUGUUUGGAUCAUGUGUUGGGCCAGAAUCUCACCGGGCUGCGACGGUUGGUGAACUCCGUCCACGAAUCUCCAGAACAUUUUCAAAUUGUUCCCGGACACUUGCAGCCGUGUGGUUUGAACUUUAAACUACAAACACUUUCACUCUCUGGCCACACGCUUUCAGUUCAACUAGAAUUUAUGGCCCAAUCAUAAACAGGAAACAGGUGGUGGUGACUCGCCUGUCGCUGCUUCUGAUUGGUUCAGAUUUAGGGCAUCAGGUGAGGCCUGACCAGUGAUUGGUUAAAAGUUGAGCACAAGGAGCCAAUCAGAGGCACAGCUGGACGCAAACGAUCAUCCCUGUGAGGAAGCAGGAAGUCUUUCUUUAGGUUUUAGUCCAACAAAACGUGGAUGGGAGACGCCCCGCCCCUGUGACUGGCAGGGAACAAAGCCGAGGUUCGUGGAGGAAACGGGUCGUUUUUGCAUUCUCUCUUGCAGAUGUGAACUUUGAGCAGUCGCAGCUCAGCGAGACCGCGCUUUUAACUCGUCCCCAUUUCUGCAAAAUCUGUACAAAGAAAACAUUGAUCAUAACUUUUAACACAUGAAAAUGUACAAAGAAUCAUUUUAAAGUGUGUAAAAAAGGUUUCUAAUAUUUCUGACUGAAACUUGUAAACUUGGUUUGCUGAGAACUCGUACAAAUCUUAGUUUGAUAAAAAAAUGUGGAACAAGCUCGUCCACGUCUGCAGAAACAAAGUGUGAACAUGU